CAGUCUUUGGGAGGGGGUCGGUCGCUUACCGGUAAAAAAUUUUGUCAAAAAUCACCAUCGGCGCUGGGAUUUCACCCCCAGUUGACGUAGCCUUCAAAGUCGGAUCAUCCGUAAUUUUGUAAACAAAACUAAUUUUAUGCCGACAAUUGCCUGCAUGAUUGAAGACCGUGAUCAGAAUCGUUGAAACCAUGGACGAUUUUUCGAAAGCUGAACUGCGCAAGGCUGGUUCUGAUGACGAUCUUUGGAGAAUAUUCAAGAACCAUAUUGAUAUCGAAACCAUCGUUGCGGAAUAUAAUAGUUGGUUCCCAGAUCCAGUGGUUGGGUGGACUGAUGAAUUUUGCAUCUCCGAGGCGUUGAGUUUGUGUGUAUGGAAAGAAAUUCCAGAAAAUGAUAUUGAAGGACACUUGGUAAGAUUUGUAAAUCUUUGGUUCUCAGAUGACAAGAUUGAACCAGAAGAAAUUAACAUUAUUAUCAGAAAUGUACUUCUCAUGUUUCCACUUGGCACAUGUAAUGAAUUACUGCUCAAAAAUGUGUUCGAUUCAGCGAUCGAAACAGCACAGAUUCCUACGGCCGUUGAGGCUGACAAACACGUAAUUAAAGAUCCUGUUGUGGAUGAUCUUGAUUGCGACGUCAAAGCCAAUGUUUUUGCUUUUCACAACUGGCUGAAAGAGAAUUUAAUUCUUUUAAAAGCCACUGAUAACGAUAUGCAUAGUUCUGCCAGUUACAAGCUCAGGACUGUACUUGGAUUCUUUGCUCUAAUACUGAUGCAACUGAUAGUCAGGAAAGAGUCGCACGUCAAAGAAUACUUUCCCUAUAAAGCUUGGAAAAUAUUUGAUUGCUUGUUUCCCGACAUCAACCUUACUGUUGCUUUAGUCGCACCUUCGGCAAAUUGCCUAAAAUUGGCGUCAGAUGCUCUGAAUAAGAAUCGCAAGAAUAAGGCUCGUAAUCUAUUUCAUUUAUUAAUAUUUGAGUACACAAAAACUAUGAUUGAAGGUGGUGAAUCUGAAUCUGCUCUAUUUGCCAAACAAAUUCUUCAUAAUGGGUGUCUUAAAUUCAUGGAAGGCAAUGGAAUUGGAUUAGUGACCAUGUUUCUUGAUGUCAAGUUACUAUACAAAAAUAUUGAGGAAAAACAAUUGCUUUCAUUUAUCGCCAACAGUGAACAGGAUACGGAGAGUUGCGAGCGGCUGAUUAAUUUUUUGGAUAUCUACAUGCAGCAAGAGAAACCUCAGUACUCGUGGAAAUGGGCGAGAAUAUUGUUUGAAGAUAUUUUUCGUCAUUUGAACAUUCGUGAGAAUCAAUCUUUUUGUUCUAAGCUUGCAUCAUUACUCAUCAAGAAAAGACCUGGUAUAUUUCAACAUAAAGAUCUGAAAACUGAUAACCCUUACGCCAGUUCAUCGGUCAAGUGGGCAAAAUACGCUACUAGAAAGUUGAUAAAACUAAAUAAUCAAUAUUCGCAAACUUGAGGUAGCAUGAUCAUCAACUCAUUGAAAGCAGAACAAAUUCAAAAUCAAAUGUACUGAAAUUGAUGAAUAUAUCCCUAUGUAGAGAACUUUCGACCAAGUCUGUUAUCAAACAUUUUGUUUGUUUAAUGACGAACGAAAUUUUAUAAAAAGACAAAUUAGGACAUCCAACUUUUACAGAAAUUCCAGAAAUUGCAAGGUUCGAAACAGUCUAUCCUUUCUUGAUAUGUAAAAUUUACUAUUUUAAAUAAUAUUGGUGCUCCUCUGUGAUAUUUGUAAAUUUUAACCCUUUGUGAUACUGUCAUUGUAAAAAAAUUUGCCAGAGAAAUAAUUAACUUCACAUCUCUAAUUUAAUAAACAAGGCUGCUUCCUUUGCAGGAGCCACUGAACUAA